AUGGCCCCGUCAAUUACACCCUAUACGCAAACGCAUGCGCGAAAAACCCAUCGAAAGUCUCGCUUUGGGUGCCGCAACUGUAAGCGGCGCAGGAUCAAGUGCGACGAGAUAAAACCACAUUGUACCAAUUGCAUACGUCACGCAAUUGAUUGCGAUUACAGCUCACAGCGCAGAAUUUCCAGCAGCUCGCCGACCGAAACUAGUUCCUCUAACUCGUCUGUCUCAGAUAGAGCCGAUGGUGACUACACCUACAUCUCAUCCACCCCUACGAACUUUAAGCCCCCAACGCGAGCCCAUGGCCCUUCACGCACCUCGGCACCUCAGCCCCACCAAUCUGCCCACCCCUCGCAUGAAAUUGCGAAGAGGCCAUUCGAAUUUACAGCUACCGACAUGGCCCUCUUCCAUCAUUUUCUAACUUCCAAAGAUUUAACCGCAGUCCAACCCCGCGCUCAACAGCAACUCUGCCGACUCGGUUUCUCCCACCAUUAUGUUCUGCGCCUUCUGCUAGCCUUCGCCGGAUUCCAUCUCGUGCGGAAAUCAGCAGGCGAUCCAAUGGUCCAGUAUAUGGGCACGGCGAAGGACUACUUUGCUGAGGCCGAACGUCACUUGGAGACAGCGGUGCAGGAGGUCGCGGCCCUGGUCCCGCAAGUCCAUCCCGACAAUGCGCCCGCGAUGUACGCGUCCGCGAUCUUCAUCUUCAUCUCCUCCCUGGCUAAGGGCCCGCAACCGGGCGAGUACCUGGCCUUCCGGGAUGAUGGCGGGUCUGGAUACUUGGGGCUGUUUCUAGGUGUCCGCUCAAUCCUAGAGCUUUGCCAAAACGACAUCCCGACCGAUGUUUUCGCCAUUUCUGGGGACGAAAGCCAUACCUCGGAUACAUCCGAUGGCGACCUGGCAAGCCAGGACGCUGCUAUUCUCGCAGAAUCUCAGAACUACGAACGCCAUUUCAACUCGCUGCGCCAGCUGCUGUCCAUUUAUGUGCCUGACCCUGACCCUCGCUCUCCCAGCUAUUACCGCAUGUUGAACCACCUUCACUACUGUCUUUCUGCUGUCUUAGGUCCCGGUCCCCGUUUACCCGGGAUGUCUCUGUUUCCGCAUGUUUUCGCAUGGCUAUACCAGUUACCAGAUGAUUUAGUGCAUGAUCUACAGAAGAGAGAACCGGUCGCUCUCAUCCUCUUCUCGUUCUUUUCAGUUCUGUUACACCAGCUGGAUGCCGUCUGGUUCAUCCACGACUGGUCGCAGCAUAUUGUCAGAGGCGUUUGCUCUAAGCUCGAUCCUGCGUUCCGGCCGUUCAUGCAAUGGCCACUCAACCAGGUGGGGCUCGGUGAUCUGGAACAGGUCUUGUGUACAGGGACCGAACUUGCUGCUUAUUGUAGUACGCCAGUCGGUCUUGAAGAAUUUUAGCGAUGAGAUCGG